GGUGACGGAAGGCUUCUCAGACAUUGCGACCGAUGGGGGAGUUGCUCACCGUGAGGAGGGAGAUCGCCGGAGAGAGAGACCGCCGGAGGGAGACAGCCGCUGGGCACUGCCGAUGGAGGAGGGAGAGACGGCGGCGGCUGCUAUUUUCUCUUUCUAUAGCCCAUACUCCCCCUUCUUCAGCCGAUUCCAGAAAAAUCUGUGCCAAUUCAAAAUUGGAUCUUUUUAUUUCCUGCUUUAAGAAUUGGGUGACAAAUUGUAGUUCUUCAACCUGCAGUAGCAACCGGCUGAAAACAACCCGUAGCACAAGCCGGCUGAAACAGGAAAACUCUCAUCAGGAUUUUGCAAACAAGAUUGUAGUCACGAUGGCAACAAUUUUUGGAUUUUGGUGGGAUGAAGAUAGUGGCAGUCGGGUAGGCUCUAUGAAGAAUUCCGGGUUGCUUUAUCAAGACGAAUAUGGAAGUGGAUGCAAUUCAAGCCUCUGGUGGCAGAAGACAUCUAAUGGAAAGUGCUUUAGAGAAGGUUGUGGGAUCAUGUGAAACAUUAUCAAACACUGUGAACCAAAUGCUUACAAAGAGAUAAUGAAACAGGGGAAGGAGUUUGAGGCUGGUCAAUUACUCAGUCUUCAUUAAGAAAUAUUCCCUACGUACCAUAAAAAAAGUAUUUUUUCUGAACUUAUAUUUGUUCAAAAAAAGAGUUCAAUUUGAACAAAAGGAAGCUAUUUGCAUCAUAUUAGAUAUAUUUGUAUAAAAAAGUCGGCCAAACAUGUAGUGUGUUAAGUUUAGUCAUACUCACAUAGAAGAGUUAUACGUCAUUAUUAAACAAAAAAACAACUAAGAU